AUGCCACCUCCGACCAUGGUGCUUCCAUCCCACCCACACAUUGCAUUCCCACCUCACCUGCUUCUGCGCUCCCUCCCUCCCUCUCUCUCUCUCUCUCUCUCUCUCUCUCUCUCUCUCUCUCUCUCUCUCUCUCUCUCUCUCUCUCUCUCUCUCUCUCUCUCUCUCCCUAACCGCCUGCAGGCGGCGGGGAUGGCGGCGUGGCUCUCUUUGAUUCACGCAUGCACAAGGCCAUCACUCGCUUCUCACUGGGAGGCAGUUUUGAGCUUUGUGGAUUGUGGGGACGAAGGGGUCAAUGAUGCCAGGUGGCUCUCUGCUUCGCCUGGCCUCGUGACUGCCAGUGGCAAUGGCAGCGUGGCUGUAUGGGACUUAAAGAGUGUGGCUGUGUGGGACGUCUCUUUGGCCGAUCCCCUCACUGCCUUCUCCUUCGCACACACUCGAUCUAUCAACACUGUAAAGCAGUCCACAUGCCUGGCUGACAAGGCUGUUGCUUUGGCGUCCCCCUCCCUGCAUGGCAGGUUGCGCGGCCACCCGGUGACGCCUGCAUUGCCUUUUGAGGCGUCUCAAAAGCCUUUUCUCUGCUCCUCCUCCCCCUCCCUCCAUGACCAGGUGGCAGUGGCACCCGAUGAUGCCUGCAUUGCCACUGGAGGGGAUGAUCAGAAAGUGGUGAGCGCAUUUCUCUCCCCUCUCGUCCAUUCCUAG